AUGGCUGAGAAGGCUCCACCGGGGAUCAACAAAAAGUCUUCAAGGUCUACCCUUUCUCUGCCUCCAGAACCGGUGGAGAUCAUUAGGAGCAAAGCCUGCUCACGGAGAGUUAAAAUAAAUGUCGGUGGGCUCAACCAUGAAGUGCUGUGGAGGACUUUGGACAGACUUCCAAGGACACGAUUAGGAAAGCUCAGAGACUGCAAUACUCACGAAUCUCUGCUAGAAGUAUGUGAUGACUAUAAUCUAAAUGAAAACGAAUACUUUUUUGAUCGACAUCCAGGGGCUUUCACUUCCAUUUUGAAUUUCUACAGGACAGGGAAACUACAUAUGAUGGAAGAAAUGUGUGCUCUUUCUUUUGGCCAGGAGCUUGAUUACUGGGGGAUUGAUGAGAUAUAUUUAGAAUCUUGCUGCCAGGCAAGGUACCAUCAAAAGAAAGAGCAGAUGAAUGAGGAGCUGAGGAGAGAGGCAGAGACAAUGAGAGAGAGAGAAGGGGAAGAGUUUGAUAACACCUGCUGCCCAGAGAAGAGGAAGAAGCUCUGGGACUUGUUGGAGAAACCCAACUCAUCUGUGGCAGCAAAGAUUUUGGCCAUUGUGUCCAUUCUGUUCAUCGUACUGUCCACUAUUGCUUUGUCUCUUAACACGCUGCCAGAGCUUCAAGAAAUAGAUGAAUUUGGGCAGCCAAAUGACAACCCUCAGCUAGCACACGUUGAAGCUGUGUGUAUUGCUUGGUUUACCAUGGAGUACCUUUUGCGCUUUCUGUCCUCACCAAAUAAGUGGAAAUUCUUCAAAGGCCCAUUAAAUGUCAUUGACUUACUGGCUAUCUUGCCGUACUACGUCACCAUUUUCCUCACGGAGUCCAAUAAAAGUGUCCUGCAGUUCCAAAACGUCAGACGUGUGGUUCAGAUAUUUCGUAUUAUGAGGAUCCUAAGGAUUCUUAAGCUCGCCAGACAUUCAACAGGCCUUCAGUCAUUAGGUUUUACGCUCAGGCGGAGUUACAAUGAAUUGGGCUUGUUGAUACUAUUUUUAGCCAUGGGAAUAAUGAUAUUUUCGAGUCUUGUGUUCUUUGCUGAAAAAGAUGAGGAUGCUACAAAAUUUACCAGUAUCCCUGCAUCAUUCUGGUGGGCAACAAUCACUAUGACUACUGUAGGAUACGGUGACAUUUAUCCAAAGACAUUAUUAGGUAAAAUAGUUGGAGGACUUUGCUGUAUCGCUGGAGUGCUGGUCAUAGCCCUGCCCAUACCAAUUAUUGUGAACAAUUUCUCAGAGUUUUAUAAGGAGCAGAAAAGACAGGAGAAGGCUAUUAAGAGGAGAGAAGCACUUGAGCGAGCUAAAAGGAAUGGCAGUAUUGUCUCCAUGAACUUGAAAGAUGCCUUUGCUCGCAGUAUGGAAAUGAUAGAUGUAGCAGUAGAUUCAGGCAAGCCUGGAGAAGGAGACAAUCCAAAGGAGACAUCUGAUGACAACCACCUAUCCCCAAGUCGGUGGAAGUGGGCCAGAAGGACCAUGUCUGAAACAAGCUCAAACAAGUCUUAUGAGAACAAAUACCAAGAAAUUAGUCAACAAGACUCCCAUGAGCAAUUAAACAACGCUGCAGCAUCCUCCAGCCCACAGCACCUCAGUGCCCAGAAACUGGAGAUGUUGUAUAAUGAAAUUACUAAAACUCAGUCUCAGCCCAAUCUCAAUGCUGGUUACCAAGACCAGUCAGCAAAGCCACCUGGGUACGAAGAAGAAAUAGAAAUGGAAGAAGUUACAGGUCAGAGAGAUCCGUUGCCAGCUGGACCUUCAGACAUCAUAACAGACAUGAGAAGCAUAUCCAGUAUUGACAGUUUUGCCAGUUGUGCAACCGACUUCACAGAAACAGAGAGGUCUCCCCUUUCUCUCUUUUCCGGCUCUCACUUGCAAAUGAGAUUUCCAGUUGAUGUUGUUAACCUGGAAGAUAACCAAAGAGUAAGGAGUUCUCAGUUUAUACCAUUCACAAAAGACAGAAUGUUUUCUCCAACUGAUGUCACCUUUGAAUAUAAUCCAAUCGACAGACCUGUCAUCAGUGACAGCAGUGAUUCUCAAACUGUUUUGCAUGGUCAUUUGCAUUUUGACACCGCCAUGGAAAGUCCCAAAAGUUCCCUGAAAGGUAGCAAUCCAUUAAAAUCUAGAUCCCUUAAAGUUAAUUUUAAAGACAAUAGAGGUGGUGCUCCACAAACUCCACCAAGCACUGCAAGGCCACUGCCAGUAAUGGCAGGAGCAGACUUCACACAGGCCACCCCUCAGCACAUCAGCACCAUCCUCCUAGAAGAAAAUUCACCCCAAGGUGAACGACCUUUACUUGGUGCUGACGCAUCAGCACUUUGUCAGGGACCUGCUAGAAAAUCAUCUCCUCUCUUUCCCAAACAAAAGAUUUUCACUUUCCCUGCAAAAGAGAGGAGGAGCUUCACUGAAAUAGACACUGGAGAAGAAGAGGAGUUUAUGGAGUUACAUGGUAUAAAACAUGAAAAACAACAGGAUAUCAAGACAAAUUGCUGUGGGGAUAAACACAGUGAUGGCAACCACUUAACAGAGGAGCCACCGGUCAGCUCUUCACCCAAAAGCAUGAGCCACAACUGUACUCAAGACAUUUACCAUGCUGUGGGUGAGGUAAAGCAAGACAGUAACCAAGAAGGUCACAAAAUGGAAAACCAUUUAUUUGCCCCAGAAAUUCAUUCAAGUCCGGGAGAAACUGGUUACUGUCCCACACGUGAAACUAGCAUGUGA